AUGGAGUCCACGAAAAUGGGACUGGUACAAGAAAAGUGGAAAUCUGGUGUGUUGAAAAUGAAGCUGGUGGCAGAGAUACUCACCGGAAGUCUGUUCUACGUCGAGGUGGGAGCGGAUGCCACCGUGGGCGACCUCAAGAAGGAGAUCGGGAAACAGGAAAACCUACCCGGGGAUCGCCUCAUUCUGCUGCUUGAUGCUGAGGAGCGUUACUCGUUGGAUAAAGACGAAGCUUCUCUCAAGGAUUACGGGGUUGAAGAUAGCUCUCACAUCUACAUCUUCUUUCAGGACAACAUUGCUGCUUCCUCUGCUUCUCCUUUGACUCCAAAGGAGUCUACAAGUGUGGAUAAUACAGAUGAGGCUGACGAAGAUGAAGCUCCACGCCAUGAGAAUGCUUCAGUUGAGGCUAAUGAGCCUUCUGCCUCAGUUGAUCAAGAAGAAUGA